AUGCUCUCAACCGGCGAACGACCUCAACUACCCCUCAGUAGCAAUGCUGCUGUUAUCGAUGCAUCUCGAAGAACACCCGUUAGCAAAGAUUCGUUGAACCAUUCGACUACGCCCAUGUGGACGGAAAAUUCCAAAGCAGAGAACAUCCAACAUAUAUGGGUCGUCACAGGCCCCGCCGGAUGUGGGAAAAGUACAGUUGGACGAGGCAUACAGAUGGCAUUAGGGGUUCCCUUCCUAGAGGGCGAUGAUUUCCACCCCCGAUCCAACAAAGAAAAGAUGAGCAAUGGGAUCCCUCUUACAGACGCGGACCGUUGGGACUGGCUCAUUUCCCUUCGCAAUGCGGCAACCGAGGCCCUCUCUCCGUCAGAAACCAACAAUUAUGUUCCUCCUUCCGGCGUGGUGGUGGCUUGCUCGGCCCUUAAGCAGAAGUAUCGCGAUGUGAUGCGGAUAGCCGCCUACGGCUCUCCGUCUGUCCAAAUCCACUUUGUCUAUCUCAAACUGGAUGAAAAGACGCUCUUCCAGCGUGUCACGCAGCGAAAAGCUCACUACAUGAAGAGCACCAUGGUCCAAUCGCAACUGCGCGAUCUUGAAGAGCCCAAAGGCGAGUGGGAUGCACUCACUGUUGAUGCCAAUCACCCUCCUGAGCAAGUCCAAAAGGAAGUCCUAGAGUUGGUACGGAACAAGCUCGCUGAAUACAACUAA